GCGCAGGCCCGCAGAACGCACGCGACCCGGCCCGGGUCCAGAUCGCGGGGACUCACCUCUUGGACGCCGCCCGGGGUGCGGGGACCCCGACCCGCUGCAGCCCGCGGGCCGCGCUCCGCAACUCAGCGCAUUCACCAGCCUGGCCCGCGGCUUUGGCCUCCACGGUGCCCGGUCCCCCGGCCUCCCUCCACCUUUCCCCGCAUCCUCCCUCCACCCUUCCCGCUGCUCCGCCGCCUCCCAUUCAUUGUAUCCGUUUCCCCUUCCCGGCUUGGUCCUCCCCUCCGAAGCUUCUCCGGCCGGACCCCGCUACCCUCUUGGGGUUCUCCGUACAUUCAUGGAAGUUUAGGGCCUGGACCGUGGCCCCGAGUUCGACCUGAGAGCGCAGCCCGCGCUGCCGACAGGACCAAGGAAGAUGUCUGCGCUCAAGCGGAUGAUGCGGGUCUCCAAUCGCUCCCUGAUCGCUUUCAUCUUCUUCUUCUCCCUCUCCACGUCCUGUCUCUACUUCAUCUAUGUAGCUCCAGGCAUCGCCAACACAUACCUCUUUAUGGUACAGGCUCGAGGUAUCAUGCUGAGAGAGAAUGUGAAAACAAUUGGACAUAUGAUCAGGCUCUACACGAAUAAAAACACCACGCUCAAUGGGACAGAUUAUCCUGAAGGCAAUAAUUCGAGUGACUAUCUUGUUCAAACAACAACGUAUCUUCCACAAAACUUCACCUAUUCGCCGAACCUCCCCUGUCCAGAGAAGCUGCCUUAUAUGCGGGGAUUCCUCAAUGUCAAUGUGAGUGAAAUCAGUUUUGAUGAAGUUCAUCAGCUCUUCUCCAAGGACGUAGAGAUUGGGCCAGGAGGUCACUGGAGGCCCAAAGACUGUAAGCCCAGAUGGAAGGUGGCAGUUCUCAUCCCCUUUCGGAACCGCCAUGAACAUCUUCCGAUUUUUUUCCUGCACCUGAUUCCAAUGCUCCAGAAACAGCGGCUGGAAUUUGCCUUUUAUGUCAUCGAACAGACCGGCACACAACCGUUCAAUCGUGCGAUGCUCUUUAAUGUGGGUUUCAAAGAGGCCAUGAAAGACAACGCCUGGGACUGUGUGAUCUUCCACGAUGUGGAUCAUCUGCCCGAGAAUGACCGGAACUAUUACGGAUGUGGAGAGAUGCCGCGUCACUUUGCAGCGAAGCUGGACAAGUACAUGUACAUUCUUCCAUAUAAGGAGUUCUUCGGCGGGGUGAGCGGCCUGACCGUGGAGCAGUUUAAGAAGAUCAAUGGCUUUCCCAACGCCUUCUGGGGCUGGGGAGGAGAGGACGAUGACCUCUGGAACAGAGUUCACUAUGCUGGGUAUAAUGUCACCCGGCCCGAGGGGGACUUGGGAAAAUACACAUCUAUCCCUCACCACCAUCGGGGAGAAGUACAGUUCUUAGGGCGGUAUAAAUUACUAAGGUAUUCUAAGGAGCGUCAGUACAUCGAUGGAUUGAACAAUUUAUUAUACAUGCCCAAAAUACUGGUUGAUAGGUUGUAUACGAAUAUAUCUGUAAACCUCAUGCCAGAGUUAGCUCCAAUUGAAGACUAUUAAAAAGAAGUCUCUCGUGGUGGGGUAGACCACAGUGCUGGAUUGUGAACUUGGCUUGGAGUGUACUCUCCAGGAGGUUAGAGACUGACAUGUCUCAGUGUCCCAGUCUGUGAAAAGAGCCAGCAGUCCUUAAUGUUUACAGCGUGGGACUCCAUACCAUCACACUCCCCACUCUCCUCCCUGCUGGGGGGCAUCCUCCAUGGCAAGCAUUGUGGAGACCUGAACCCAUUGCUUGGGAUUGGAAGCGAAGAGAGCUCCCUACAAAGAGAAGAUUUUUAUACUGAAAUCUAUAAUUUAAUUCAAGAGAAUGCUUUUAUUUCUGUUCAAACCAUAUUUUGUACAUAUGUGAUGUAAAUUAAAUGUGUUUAAAUUGUUGAAAAAUAAUAUGUCACAAUUUUGCAUGUGAUUGGUUAUGCCUUCAUUGGACUUUUAUAGACAUUUUUUUAUUUGCAUGGGGAAAAUUAUGUAAAUCUAUGUCUCGAAGCAAAGGUUGAGCCUUGUAUGGCGUGAAGGAAGUACCAGCGAUGGAUACAUAACUGUUCUGCUGGUGUUCAGCUUUAGACCUUCGGCCUCCUGUGGGCGCAGGCCCAGCCCUCUGAGGGCGCUGAAGGAAGAGCGAAAGAUGCGCACAGCUUUUCUUCCUGCCAGAAUUACCUGGUUUUGUUUUGUUCUGUUCUGUUUUUCCUUGCUUGCAAUCUCAUCAGAUUUUGCCAAGUCAACAGCCAUACUGUUUAUGCGCACUGCAUGAGUAUUACCAAGAAAACCUUCAAAGUUGUGAAGUGACAUGCUGUACAGGACCUCUUCACGUUAAAUGUCUCUGUGCACCUCCGAUGUACGUGUCAGGGAUCUUGUGCCUCAAAAAAAAAAAAGUUCCCAAGGUUGUCUUUA